AUGACGGACUGGGUGCACUGCAAUACCUGUUUUCACCGGCCGGGUGUUGACCCACGCAAAUUCUAUCUGACGAGCUGUGGACACAUCUUUUGCAGUGAAUGUCUAAACGAAAAGACAACGCUUCAAUGUCCUGUAUGUGGAAAUCAGUGCACAAUAAUAUCUUUAUCGGAAAAGUUGAAGCCGGAAGUAGAGAUAUUCUUUCAAGAGCCGGUCAACAUUUUAAGGAAACAGCAGAAACAACUGGUACAGGUGUUGGAGUUUCAGGCGAGUCACAAUAAGAGGUUGGCAGCUCACAACAGAGAAAAGGAUUCUAAGAUGGCAUCAAUGACACAGAUUUUAAAGAGACAGCACGGACAAGCAACGGAUAUGGAAAGAGAGUUACGACGUCUUCAAGAGGAGAAUGCCACAUUAAGACGUGUUUUAAGUGGAUCGGGUGGUACACCAAAGAGUGUACACAGCCACAGACCGGGUACACCAGGACGGAUUAUGGUCAGUUCAAGCGCUCCGGCACCUGUACACAAUUUGAUCCAUCAGAGUUCCUCUCAGCCUGUCGGUAGGACUUCCUCACCCUACUCACCCAAUAGAGUUCAUCGGCAUGGUGACGCAUCAUCGAAAACACCAUCAUCUCAGCAACCAAAGUCACCUAACCCUGUUGCCAGAACGCCUCCUGGACCAGCAAGAUACAGCAUUCGUGGUCCCCCUGUUAAUGGCAGAAUAGAUGUUUUAGGAACUGUUGGGACGCCAAACACUCCCCAUGCCAACAUGACUUUGACACCAUCUGGCACAUUAUUCAGAUCUGCUAAUUCUCUGGGUGGAGUGAUGGAGAUUUCUACACCUGGUCGACGUUCGGACUCCCCUAUGAAUGUUAGUCCAGCGGCCUCCAGGUAUGUAUGGAUGGAUAUCGAUUGCGAUCCUUUCCAUUUCAGGCUUCUUUAAUUCCCAAUGACAGUUUUGCUUCUGUUUUAUUGUUGAACCUUACCAGCUGCAAUUUAUUCAUCUGUCUCCUUAUUCAGGAGUUUUGAACUUGAGUCUUACUCUCCGACUACAAAGUUGUUAUGCAUGUUUAGUUUACCUCAAAAAACACAACAUUUAUCAUGGAAGAGUUAACCCUGGGUGUUACUGGUUCACAUAGCACGCAAGCACUCUUUUUUCCUCUCAAGCUUGCGAGCUACAGUAGUUAAAUUCACUCAUUCAUUAACUCAUUGGUUUAAUUUUCAUAAAUACAAAGUAAUAACAAUAAGAUAAGAGAGAAAUACCCCUUUUCCCCAAAUCCUGUAGAAGAGAUCCUGAGAUUUACAGAAAAUGAAGUCGUUAUAGAAGGGGAGUGCAAAAUGCCACAUUUCGAGCACCAAAUGCAUAAUAAUUAUAAUUAUGAAAUUAUUCACUUUUUUUUACAUUUUAUUUGUUUACAUAAGACGAGGUUUCUCUACACCAGGCAGUGCUCUGACUUCACCUUACUACGAUGCAUCAUCCCAAAGUAAGUCCGAUAACAGCAACAUGUACAAAUGGGCAAUCUUAUUUAGCUAUCCUUUUCAUCUAUUUGAUGAGCAAAUAAACUCAGUUGUAGUUUUGGCAGGAAUGGCCUUUCUGUAGCAUGGAGGCUCACGGUUCCCCAACCAUUUCAAACUCUUAGCACUAAAGACCGAUUUCAUUUUAUUUUUGGUUUUUACCCAUACACUGAUGUGUGUUAGCACUGUAUACUCAGUA